CAACGGAGAGUUAGGAAACGAUCAGACACUCUUGACUCUAUACUGUCAAUGGACAUGCACGAACCUAGAGGAAUAAUGAACGAGGAUGGUCCACCCUCUCCACCGCAAACACCAGCUGCUACCCCGUCGGCGAUUACGUCGGCUUUUCAGGAUGCCGCAUCUACUUCGUCCUCCCAUCCGAGUAGUUCUUUCGGGGUGAAGCAAAAGCUGAAAAGAAACAGGAUCAUCUUGAGUUGCCAGCCAUGUCAUAGGCGAAAACAACAGUGUGACCGUGGCCAUCCCUGCCGUAGAUGCAUCGCCAGAGGUGCUCCAAAUGGAUGUGACUAUGAACAACCAAAAGAAGUGAUCCAUAGAAAGCACACUGAGACUCAGAGUAGCCUUCCUGAAGAUCUCACAAACCGAGUCGGUCAGCUCGAGGGCUUGAUUUCUACUACUCUCAGUAACCUAGAGCCUUCAGCUCUGGCCGGUCUAGAUACACUUUUGCAGAUUCUACAAAAUAGUGGCAGUGUGUCGUCGCAUACAACGACCCCUGUAGAUUUUGACCUGACAAGUGGCAGCGCGACAGACCACACAGUCCAAAUAGCAGCAGCAGCCCUUGAUCAACUUUUGCAACAAGGCCAGGCUGUUGCUCUAUCAAAUGAAACGGGUGCAUCCACGACUCCUUUCGGUCCAAUCAUCGAUAUGUUGCACCACAUACGUGGCAAUUCGUCAGCAUCUGGUGCCGCAUACCUCUCUGACUUGCACCAGCAUUUUCCCAAUCGCAAGAUUACCAACUUUCUCGUCAAAUAUUUCUUUGAAGAAUCCUCGGUUC